AUGGUUAUAUCUGGUGCGAAAAAUCAAGGCGCUUUAUGUUAUUUGUUAGAAAUAGAUAAUCAAGUAAAAAUAUUACUUGACUGUGGCUGGAACGAUGAAUUUAAUUUAGAUGAUUUGAAGCAUUUGAGAAGAUGUGCUUAUCCAUAUGCAUUUGACUACUUUGGUCUUAAUUAUCCUGUUUAUGCAACAGUUCCUAAUAUUCAUAUGGGUAGAAUGUGUAUGUAUGAUAUUUAUCAAUCAAAAGUUAACGAAAUAGAAUUUGAUACUCUUGCAUUGGAUAAUGUUGAUUUGGCUUUUGAGAGAAUUAACGUUUUAAAAUAUUCUCAACCAAUGAUUUUAGGAGGUAAAUGUAAGGGUAUAACAAUCACUGCUUAUUCUGCCGGACACACUUUGGACACUGAAAAGAUUGUAUACGCAGUUGACUAUAAUCACAAGAAAGAAAGACAUUUAGAUGGAGCUGUUUUGCAUAGUAAUGGCGUUGUUUUAGAUGCUUUAAGUCGACCUUCUUUAAUGAUAACUGAUGCUUAUAAUUCACUUGUAAUCCAUCCACCAAGGAAAUUACAUGAUACUGCAUUAUUCGAUUUUGCAAAGCAUACAAGACCAAAGGUAGUACUUGCAAGUAAUGUUAGUUUAGAAACAGGAUUCUCCCAACAAUGCAAGAAGCAGGAAAGAGAGGCAGCACAAGCAGCACUCAUUGCUAAAUCUUUGUUAAUAAUUGAAGAUGAGACAGAUGAUGAAGAGUCAGAAGCAGGAGAUGCAGACAUGGAAGAAUUAUUGGCAAAACAAUUUGGCCUUUAUGUUCAUGAUGUGAUAAAGUAUGGUGGUUUUUUCAAACAAAUGCAAAGUUAUUUGAUGUAUCCAUAUAUUGAAAAAAGGAAAAUAUGUGAUGGCUAUGGUGAAAUUAUCCCGCCUGAUAUGUUUAAAAGAAUUGAUGGAUUAAUGGAAUCGGCGUUGAACCAAUCGCUUGAUAAAGAUAGUAAUCAUUCUUCUUUGGAUUCCAAUGUUCCAACAAAAUAUGUAUCAUAUAAUGAAGAUGUUACAUUCAAAUGUCAAAUACAAUUUAUAUACUUGGAAGGAACUAAUGACAGAAAAUCAUUGAAAACCAUAGUACCGCAAGUACAACCUAGAAAAUUAAUUGUCGUACAUGCAUCACAAGAAGCAACAAAAGAUUUUGCUCAAAGCUGUUUAGCUCUGGAAUCAAUGGCUAAAAACAUUUAUAUACCAAAUGUUGGAGAAACUUUGAAUGUUUCAGCUGCAUAA